AUGUUACGACAAGUUGUUCUUGGUCAAAAUCCGCCAAAUUUAAUAGCACUGUUGAUAAUUACAUUUGAAAUGAACGUUUUUGAGGGCCUCAUAUGUUUGACCAUUGAUGAUAUAGUCCAUUUUCUGGAUAUUGGACACAUUAGACUGAUUGAUACUGAAUCCGAUAUCAAUCUACAAUUCAUUUUGUUGCUCAAUAUUGGAUGCAUAAUACUGUCAAGUAGCUGA